GGGGUCUGGGUGUUUCCCGCCAUGUCGUUCGUGGAGACCGGGAGCCUCUCGGCUCUGCGGCGCGGUCGCCUCGGGACGCCAGUCCCUUUUCCACGGCCGACUGAUUCUGUAUUGUCUCAGGGGAAGAGUUGGGGUGAGGGUGAGGUCGACGAGGAGGAGGGAUGCGACCAAGUGGCCCGCAACUUGCGGGCGGAGUUCUCCGCUGGGGCGUCGUCCGAGCCGAGGAAGAACUUGCUGCUCCCUCCGGACGGGGACGGGUCUCCGGUCCUGCCCGAUAAACGCAAUGGCAUCUUCCCGGCGGCCGCCAGCGGCCAAGACCGGGCGCGGCGGUGGCCGGUCCAGAUUCUCUCUAUACUAUGUUCGCUACUGUUUGCUGCCCUCCUCGCCUUCCUUCUUGCCAUCGUCUACCUGAUCGUAAAAGAGUUGCAUGGUGGAAAUUUGAAGAAUGAAGAUGGUGUAGACACUGGACUAUUAGGAUUCUGGACUCUGCUUAUAAUCUCCUUAACUGCUGGAUUCUCCUGUUGCAGCUUUUCUUGGACAGUGACUUAUUUUGACUCUUUUGAACCAGGAAUGUUUCCUCCUACUCCACUUUCACCUGCCAGGUUCAAGCGACUGACUGGACAUUCUUUCCACAUGGGCUAUAGCAUGGCGAUUUUGAAUGGCAUUGUAGCUGCUCUUACUGUAGCAUGGUGCCUCAUGUAAACCCACACUGGAGCAAUAUUGUUGGCAAAACAUUGUCCCAGUUGUUUCAUAACAACAGAGAAAAACAUCAUUGCUGUACUCAGAGGACUGAAAAAUCUGCUGUUCAUUAUGUGGUUCAGAUACAUGUCAUCAUAAUCACCACUGUAUUUAUGGAGAACCUUCUAGAGCCUAGGCAUUGGGAAUAUCUGAAUAUUAAGUUUCAAGUACAUUCUGAAAAAUGUAAGGUGUUUACCUCAUCUUUUUACUUUUGUAUGUGUAGUUCUAAUAGUUACAGAAAAAAUCUUAAUGGAAUCAAACUUGAAAACUCGCAUACAGGACAAUGCCUACCUUUCCACGUGUAUACUACAUUUUUGCUAAGAAAUACUGAUACUUCUGUGUACCGGAGAUAGAAAUAUUUCUUAUAUAUUAGGAAAGUAAGCAAUACGUAGUACCUUGACAUUUUAUAGAAGCUACUUUUAAAUAAGGUUUUUAGUUUUUGAUAUUCAUAUAUUCAAUAGAAAGUGUGUUUAUACUUUGUACAGGGCAUUCUUUCUUUUGCUUUUUUAAAACAUAUUUUCCUACUACAUGUUGAAUUUAAAUGUUUUUUAAAUUGGUGCAAAACAAAUGUAAAUGUUAUUUUUUAUCUUGUGCAAACUUAAUACUUGCCAUUUUUUCUAAGUAUUUUUGUCUUUUGAAAAAAGCAAAAAAGCACAUUGACCUGAGUUUAAAAUUAAGUAAACUUAUUUCUAACCAAAAAAAAAUGACUGAAAAAAGGUAAAUUAUUUAAAUCAAUAAAAUAUCAUGCAGUUCGAAGUUGUUCACUAUUUCUGUUUCCACAAUGGCAAAUACAAUAUU